GCGCGCGUGCGUGCGUCCCAGUGCUCACACGAUUAUAAAAGAGGGGGGGGAAUUUUACAAUUAAAGCGUCAAAUAGCCUGACUCCCCCCCCCCACACUUUCAUUUGCAGGAGGAGAGGGACUCGACCGCGUGGGACAAAAUGUACAACAUCCUCGAGCCGCCGCACAAAGACGGACAGUUCAGUGGAUGAUCAGCACCACCUAGUGGACUCAGGGCUCCAGAUGAAGAUAAAGAUGAAGGUUAACAUCUCUUAAAGUCCGCUUCCAUUGUGUGAAACCAUCAGCCAGUGCACACUAAAUCAGCUUGAUUGCAUGCCAACAAGAAGAUAAAAGGCUCGGAGUAGCGGGUGCAGGAGUGGCCAAAGCCAAAAGCAGCGAUUCAGAUCAGAUUUCACCUAAAACCAGCUGGGAGAGACACCGAGAGAGGGAGCAGAGAGAGAGAGAGAGCGAGCAGAGAGAGGGUUUGUCAGUCUCCCUCCUCCCAAAUCCAGAAAAUCUUACCAAGGAAAAAAGGAGGAGUGUCGGUGCUGAGAGAGAGAGAGAGAGAGAGAGAGAGAGGAGAGAGGAGAGAGGAGGGAGAGAGAGACGCAGAGGAAUCCAGAGGAAUUUCCGAGGAUAUUUUUUUCUUCCCCCUUCUUUAUUUUUUUCUCCUGUCCCCUCUCUCAGCCGCCUUUUUUUUUCUUUUUCUUGAUAUCUUAAAAAAAAAAUAUUUUUUAAAAGUUGGGAGAGGCGAGGACGAGCAGGGGAACCGUGGUCACCAAAAAAAAAAAAAAAAAAAAAAAAAGGAUGGACGAGCAGCCGCGGUUGAUGCACUCCCACGGGGUAGGCAUGGCCGGACACCCCGGCCUGGCGCAGCAUAUGCAGGAUGGCACGGCGGGGACGGACGGAGAGGGAAGGAAGCAGGACAUCGGAGACAUAUUACAGCAAAUAAUGACCAUCACAGACCAAAGCUUAGACGAAGCACAGGCGAGGAAACAUGCACUGAACUGCCACAGAAUGAAACCUGCCCUCUUCAACGUCUUGUGUGAAAUAAAGGAGAAAACAGUGCUCAGUAUCCGCGGCGCCCAGGAGGAGGAGCCUCCAGAUCCUCAGCUGAUGCGACUGGACAACAUGCUGCUGGCAGAGGGCGUGGCCGGGCCGGAGAAAGGCGGCGGAUCGGCAGCCGCGGCGGCAGCAGCAGCCGCCACGGGCGGUGUCGGCGCUGACAACUCAGCAGAGCACUCGGACUACCGGGCCAAGCUGACUCAGAUCAGACAGAUUUACCACACGGAGCUGGAGAAGUAUGAACAGGUCCUGUGUCCUCGUCCUGGGAAAAAACAUCCCGCUAAGGCGUGCAACGAGUUCACCACCCAUGUGAUGAACCUGCUGAGGGAGCAGUCUCGAACACGACCCAUCUCGCCCAAAGAGAUCGAGCGCAUGGUCGGCAUCAUCCACCGCAAGUUCAGCUCCAUCCAGAUGCAGCUGAAACAGAGCACCUGCGAGGCUGUCAUGAUCCUGCGCUCACGCUUCCUCGACGCCAGACGAAAGAGGAGGAACUUCAACAAACAGGCGACAGAGAUCCUAAACGAGUACUUCUACUCCCACCUCAGUAAUCCCUAUCCCAGCGAGGAGGCCAAAGAAGAGCUGGCCAAGAAAUGCAGCAUCACAGUGUCACAGGUAUCAAACUGGUUCGGGAACAAGAGAAUCCGAUACAAGAAAAACAUCGGCAAAUUCCAAGAAGAGGCCAACAUGUACGCGGCGAGGACCGCAGUCAACGCGACCAGCGUGUCGGCUCACGGCAGCCAGGCAAACUCCCCAUCCACUCCCAACUCAGCAGGUUCUGCUGGCUCUUUUAACAUGUCAAACUCCGGAGACUUGUUCAUGAGUGUGCAGUCCCUCAAUGGGGACUCGUACCAAGGGGGGCAGGUUGGGGCCAACAUACAAUCCCAGGUGGAUACCCUUCGCCAUGUUAUCAGCCAGACCGGAGGAUACAGUGACAGCCUCGCAGCCAGCCAGAUGUACAGUCCACAGGGCAUCAACACAAAUGGUGGCUGGCAAGAUGCUCCGACUCCUUCGUCAGUGACAUCGCCCACAGAAGGACCCGGGAGUGUUCAUUCGGAUACUUCCAACUGAAUAUAUCCAUCUCUACGCCUCAUCUACAAAAAGAAAAAGAAAGAAAAAAAAAAACCUGGACUGACCUUCCUAUUCACAGUAUUAAACAAAGGAAUUAUCUGUCCCACAGUUUUGGAGAGGUACUGUGAAAUCCUAACGAGAAAAAAAAAGAAACUUAUAAACGCUGGACAUUUGGGAUACAAACAAAAAGUUUCACAAUAAAAGUCUGCAGUCAGUGGAGACGUUUGUACAGAUUUCACAUUAUAUUCCGAGGGCUGGGGUUACUUAUUCACUCAUAAUGUUUUCACUCAUAAUGAUGAAAUGAUAUGAUAAAUUAAAUAAGUCCAAUCAUUGGUUUUAACUGAAAAUAUGUCAUUCUACCUCUCAGCCACUAAAAAAGUAGAAAAAAUAUGUCAGUGACCAUUAUUUGUUUUGUAAAAAUGAAACUUUUUGUCUUUGCAAGCAAGAGGCACAUCUUCUUACUUACAUUUUGUUGUCUCUCACCUAUUCUAUGGUACGCCAUUUAGACUUAAAUAUUGCUCAGUUGUUUACAAUGUGUGCUUGAUAAAAAAAAAAAAAAAAAAGUAUGUUCAUCUUCCCCCUCUGUCUCCCGACGAGUCAGAAACAGAGUUCUGUCAGGAGAUUUUUACCUCUAAGGUAACCCUGUGAAGUAUGUUAUCUGUAAAACAAUAAAUAAAUACUUGUCAUCAAAUCGGACAA